AAAAAGGCAAUGGAGAAGUGUUGGUAAGUGGGAAAAAAGUGGCGGCUCUCCAUUCAUCAACGUGGUCGUUGGUGAGCCAAGCUUGAAGCUGAGAAGCAGUCACCCAUUUCUUCUUUCUCCUCCACUAGUACGUACCCGCUCCGCAGGCUUUCUACCCACAUGCCCGAACCGCCAUCACCGCCAUCACCGUAUCACCAGCAUUCUGAUCAGGAGCCCAAGAUGUCUCUUCCCAAUCCCACCCCCUCGGCUUCCAGGAGUUACGAGCAGGAGGGAUCAUCUUCUUCUUCGCCUUGGAGGAGGCACACUGCCGAUUCCUUCCCUCCUCUCAAUAUUCAUUCUGACAACAAGCACAAAGUAGAAGACAGCGAUGAAGAUUUGUUCAGAGUUCCCGACGUGGAAGCGCAGCCCCCUUCGGAUUCAACGCGAACCACCACCACCACAACAACAACAAAUACUAGUAAUAAUCCAGAGGUUCAACAACAAACUAGCAGCGGCAAGCGCCGGAGGGGACGCAAUCCUGUGGAUAGGGAGUAUAGAAGACUCAAGAGACUGCUGAGAAACAGGGUUUCUGCCCAACAAGCUCGAGAAAGAAAGAAGGUGUAUGUGAAUGAUCUGGAGUCGAGAGCCCAGGAGUUGCAGGACAGGAACUCAAAACUAGAAGAGAAAAUCUCAACUCUUGUUAACGAAAACACCAUGCUCCGGAAGGUCCUCAUGAACACUAGGCCUAAGAUGGAUGACAGUAGUACUGAGUCAAAGCAUGAUCAGUUGGGCAAGAGCUGAAGAAGUACUUCUACUACAUCCUUCUGCCUGUCAUCAGAUCAAUUUAUUUUUGAAUCUGCGCCAAACCCAUUUGCCAAACACCUGAAAAAUUAGUCUUGCAGAUAUGCACUUAGCUGUGCUACAUGAUGAUCACUGGCUGGGUCAUGUGAACUGUCCCAGUGCCAUGGAGCCACUAUCACCUGACUCUAAUCAUUUUGAUUUACUAAAAGUGUAUUUACAAAUUGUGUUCCAAAUUAAGGCAACCUCAGCCUGCAUGCUGCCUUCAUUAAGGUUGGGGGCCACACUAAAUGUAAUUGUGUAACCUAUUAAUUACUACCACUGAAUCAAUCUAUAUGACUAUUAUUUCCUUAGUAAGUACAUAUUCAAUUAUAAA